AUGGGGCUAAAGGCCCACCAGGUUGCAUCUUUUGUGAACAUGUGUACAAAUUAUUUAUUUAUUUUAAUCGUCUGUAUUAAUUGGAAACAGACUGACAAUGUGAGUACUUCACGUGAGACAAACUGCAUCUUUGAAAAGGGCUGUUAUGAAAUGGCUGGCAUACGGGCAUUCACCGAAGAGAACGAAGAGGGAGAGAAUAGGAUUAUAGGUGGGCAGGAGGCAUGGCCACAUUCAUGGCCAUGGCAGGUGUCCCUACAAUACUCUAAUAUGCCAGCCUGCGGGGGCGCCAUCCUUGACCUCAGAUGGGUUAUCACAGCCAGCCACUGUUUCAAACGUUAUAAAAAGGCUUCACUCUGGAUCACCUUGGUCGGAAUACAUGAUUUGGACAAUGCAAAUGAAACAUACCAGAAAAGUGUAAAGGUGGACAAAAUCAUCCAGCAUGAGAACUACAACCAAAAGACAAAUGAGAAUGACAUAGCGCUAUUGAAACUGAAGACUCCACUGGAGUUUAAUGAGUAUGUGAGACCUGUUGCCAUCUGGAACGGAGAUUUGCCUUCUGAGGAAUCAUGUACAGUCACUGGCUGGGGUGCCAUCAGAGAAAAUGGUCCACAUGCCUCCAAACUUCAAGAAGUAAAUGUAACUGUUUUUGAUUCAAAAACAUGUAGCUCAUAUUACCGAGGGAAAAUGUAUAGGUUUAUGAUGUGCGCUGGCGCAGAAGCUGGGGGAAUGGAUGCUUGUCAGGGUGACUCUGGUGGUCCCCUUUCAUGUUUUACAGGUGAAAGGUACAAGCUUGCUGGAGUGGUCAGUUGGGGGGUCGGAUGUGGUAGGGCUCAAAAACCAGGGAUCUACACCAAUGUUUCCCAGUACAAACAAUGGAUUGAUUCUACAAUACAUGGUAUGAACUUGAAUUGAGCCCAGUGUGGGGAGUCCAAGAUGGACCCCUGCACACUGCCCAGUGGCUUGGCACAGGUGGUAUCUUCUGAUGAUGGCAUAUUCAAGGUGGAGAAUUUGAGCGAGGCAUGCCCUAACUCCUGGCCCUGGCAUGUCAGCCUGCAGUCUGAAGAGACACAUUACUGCAGUGGCAUCCUCAUUCACCCACUCUGGGUACUGGCACCACGACACUGCUAUGCCAAGGUUGGAGAUUUUGUGAUAUUGGGUGCUCAUGACCUCAACUUUAUGUCCGGCCAGACUUUAACUGUGGAAAGUGUGCAGAGUCUGGUCUACAAUAGCAGUUUCCCACCUGUCUCUGAUCUCUCCAUGAUCCACUUAAAUGUUCCGGCUCGAUUAGGACUGACGAUAUUCCCAGUGUGUAUAACGGAUAAAGAUGAUGAAAUGGUUACUGAAGCGGGAUCAUCUUGUGUGACGACUGGUUGGGGGAGGAGAAAAGCUAGUUUGGAACUGAGCCCUGAUAUCUUGCAUAUGGCCAGAGUUAAACCUCUUUCUGAGAAAGCAUGCAAGACUGGCUGGGGUGAAUUUUUCAAAGAGAAAUCCCUUCUGUGCACAGAUGCGGCAGGGUCCAUCUCCUGCUUGGGGGACUCAGGUGCACCCCUUGUGUGUCAGGAAAAUGGCGUCUACUACCUUGUUGGACUUGCAACAUUGGGUGGGAAAAAAUGUGAACCUCAGAAACCAGCUGUGUUCACCCGAGUAUCUGCCUACUACUCAUGGAUGCAAAGUUGUGUCAAAAAUAAUAAAUGUAAUAAAUAUUAA